AUGAGCCUUUCACCCCGACUCUUUUACUUUUCCAUGUCUUCACCUGCCCUAAAACAGCAGACGCGACACAAAGCCGCGCUUAAUCGUCUGCACAGGCUCAUGGGUAAAAAGACACUAAUACACAGCUGCAACAAAGUGACGCCAGAGCUUCACUCUGAUUUGUCAGCCAGUUAA